AUGAGCAAGAAUUUGGCAUGUGUAUUGCACGGCAAGAAUGAUUUGCGCAUUGAAGAAUGUGAAAUGCCGGUUCCCAAGGCAGGUCAACUGCUCAUUAAAGUUCAUACCGUUGGCAUCUGCGGUACCGAUGUCCACUUUUGGACUCACGGUAAAAUUGGAUCGUUGGAACCAAAAAAACCUAUGAUUAUGGGCCAUGAGUGUAGUGGGGUCAUCGCUGGUAUAGGAUCUGACGUAAAGGACUUUGCACUGGGCGAUCGUGUAGCGCUUGAACCGGGUAUUGCUUGCCGGAAGUGUAGUUUUUGCAAGCAUGGAAGAUAUAAUUUAUGUCACGAAAUGGAAUUUUUUGCCCUUCCACCAACCGAUGGUCUCAUUACUGACGCAUAUUUUAGAAUCCCAGACAGCAUGAGUAUGGAAGAAGCAUCAUUCUUGGAACCAUUUAGCGUGGGUCUGCACGCUUGUCGGAAUGCGAAUAUCGAAAUAGGUGACAAAGUGCUGGUACUCGGAGCAGGUCAGAUUACUAUUAAUCAGCUCACGUAUUUAAUAAAAUAA